ACACGAGUCCAGAGACAGAGACACGGACAGGGACACAGGACAGGGACACAGACAGGUACAGGGACACAGACAGGGACACAGACAGAGACACGGACAUGGACAUGAAGUGGUGUUUUGUGCUCGUGCUCGUGGGGACACUGCUACACGGAGCCGCAGCCAAGGUUCACACUUUGAGAUUUUUCCAAACUUCUUCAACUCAAGUCCCAAACUUCCCAGAGCACAUUUCUGUUGGAUAUGUGGACGACCUUCUGAUCACUCACUACGACAGUGUCACAAAGAGAGAAGUCCCCAAACAGGAGUGGAUGAAUAAAAUCACAGAGGAGGAUCCUCAGUACUGGGAGAGAAACACCCAGGUCAAUUUGGGGAAUGAACUGGUUGAAAAAGAAAACAUAAAAAGUGCCAAACGACGCCUGAACGUGACCGGAGGUCUCCAUAUAAAUCAGUACAUGUACGGAUGUGACUGGGACGAUGAGACUAACGAGAUCACAGGAUAUUAUCAAUUUGGUUUUGAUGGAGAAGAUUUUAUUUCAUUGGAUUUUGAGACUGAAACUUUUGUGGCUCCAAAACAACAGGCCUUUUCUAUCAAACAAGCAUGGGAGAUGAUUGGAGAAGGUGUCAGAGUGAAAACCCUCCUCAUUCACAGAUGUGCCAAGUAUCUGAAGAAAUUUGUGCUCCUGGGAGAGAGCGCUCUGAAGAGGACAGAGCUCCCCCUGGUGUCCCUGCUGCAGAAGUCCUCCUCAGGUCCAGUCACGUGCCACGCCACACGCUUCUACCCCGACAGAGCCAUGCUGUUCUGGACCAAAGACGGAGUGGAGGUGACGGAGGACGUGGACCCUGGAGAGAUCCUGCCCAACGGAGACGGGACCUUCCAGACCAGUGUGUCCCUGGACCUGUCCUCUGUCCCCCCUGAGGACUGGGACAGGUUCAACUGUGUGUUCCAACUGUCCGGGCUCCAAGACGACUAUGUGACCAGACUGGACCGGGCCAUCAUCAUGACCAACGAGGAGACGCCCACAGAUCUCGUCUCUGUGUUGGUUCCUCUCGCUGUCGUCCUCGUCCUGAUCUUUGCUGUCGCCUUCGUCUUGAUCAGGAGAUUUAGAGUUUCAGGUCAGAAUGGUCCCAGAGCAGCCCAGGAAAUUCUAUAACACAUGCAUCACAAAUUUUGAACUUCUGGUCAUUAGGCAAUUCAUACUGGGAAGAAUCCUCCGAAAAAGUGAACAUCAAACCUCCAUGUUUGUUUUCCCAGUGGGAUGAGUCUAUUGACAAAGUCGAUCUUUUCAAGUCUUUUGAACCAUAUCACUUUUGUUUCUGGUUCUGAUAUUGUCAUAUUUUAGUUUUUUGGAUUUGGACAUCGUAGUUGUGUGGUUGUUGGAUCCUAACAGCGGAAAACGACUCGAGAAACUAGUUUGUGAACUUCAUAAAUGUAAAAGUGAAUCAGAUGUGUGUGACUCAAACCUCUGUUCAAACUGUUUCUCUUCCCGACGGAAUUGAAAAAUAGUGAACGGUGAAGGUGAUGGGCAGGAUUGAUCCACAGGAAGAACCAAAAAGGAAACAUUUGUCUGACUAAGAAAUCAUCCCGAGUUUACAGAGAACAUUUUGUGUGUGGAGCGGCAACAAACGGACGCCCGGGCUAAAGAUCAGGAUCAACUGUGGUCCGAGCUUUCACCAAGACCAGAAUCAUCACUGAACUGCCAGGGAACAGUAACCACACUGACUCGGAUCAUGACCAGAGGGAUGUGGACGUGCUGGACGCCGGAAUCAAUCAACUGUUUGGACUAUUAUGACUUACUGCGAAUGCACGAACAACUUAGCGUCUCAGACAGUAUUUUUUUUACAUGUUACAAUUGAACAAAGUUGAAAGUUGAUUGUGAACGCGUUAAAUAAAGUUUGACUGAUUUAUCGAA